UAUAAAUCGUAUAUUUUUUUUUUUCAGUCAGCUCCCGUCGGUGAGCAUGGGCCAAGAAAGCACAUUUACAGCUCAAAAAAGAGCCGGAGCACUCCCUACAACCGUCACGGCCAACGGCGGCGUCCGUGGACGCUCCCCCAACGUAUUACCACGCGGCCGUCAGAUCGACCGUACCUUCAACAAUGUCAAAAUCACCAUCCUUUGCGGUUUCGUCACUAUCCUUGUACUCCGUGGCACCAUUGGUAUCGGCAACGUUUCAUCCUCGGAAGCAGAGGCUGAGAAUCAGAAUCUAAUAGAGGAAACUAAUCGGAUCCUCUCCGAUAUCCGUUCCGAUAAGGACCCGGAUGAUCCAGCAGGAGAUCAACCUGAGACUUUCAUGAGUCUUAAUGACACUUACAGUUUAGGUCCCAAAAUUGCUAAUUGGGAUAAAGACCGGAAAAUGUGGCUUCAGAAGAAUCCAGAAUUUCCCAAUUUCGUUAAUGGUAAGCCUCGGAUUUUACUUGUAACUGGGUCUCCUCCAAAUCCUUGUGACAAUGCAAUUGGGGAUCAUUAUCUGUUGAAGGCGAUAAAGAACAAGAUUGAUUAUUGUAGGAUUCAUGGUAUUGAAAUUUUGUAUAAUUUAGCUUAUUUGGAAAAGGAAAUGGCUGGUUACUGGUCCAAACUUCCAUUGAUUCGUAGGCUAAUGUUGUCUCAUCCUGAAGUGGAGUGGAUUUGGUGGAUGGAUAGUGAUGCUUUGUUUACUGAUAUGGUUUUUGAGAUGCCUUUAUCAAAGUAUAAUCGUCAUAAUCUUGUUAUUCAUGGAUACCCAGAUUUAUUGUUUGAUCAAAAAUCAUGGAUUGCAUUGAACACAGGUAGUUUUCUUUUUAGGAAUUGCCAGUGGUUUCUUGAUUUGUUGGAUGCUUGGGCUCCAAUGGGACCUAAAGGUCCUAUUCGCGAGGAAGCUGGCAAGAUUUUGACAGCUUAUUUAAAGGGUAGACCCGAUUUUGAAGCCGAUGAUCAGUCUGCCCUAAUUUACUUGUUGGUAUCACAGAAGGAUAAAUGGAUGCCCAAGGUGUUCGUUGAGAAUUCGUAUUAUCUACACGGAUAUUGGGCGGGGCUAGUUGAUAGGUACGAAGAGAUGAUUGAGAAGUACCAUCCUGGUUUAGGUGAUGAGAGAUGGCCAUUUGUUACACAUUUUGUAGGGUGCAAGCCUUGUGGGAGUUAUGGAGAUUACCCCGUUGAGAGAUGCUUGAAAAGCAUGGAGAGGGCUUUCAAUUUUGCAGAUAAUCAAGUGCUUGACUUGUAUGGGUUCAAACAUAAGGGCUUGUUGAGUCCCAACAUCAAAAGGAUUAGGAAUGAAACUGAUCACCCCCUGCAGUACGUAGAUCAGUUAGAUGUUCGACAUGCAAAGCCCAAGCACACGGGAACUUAGAGCUAGGAGUACACUGUCUUUCGCUGGAAAAAAUCUUCAGCUGCUACGUACUAGCAGAGGUUUUGGGGAGACUACAUCAUUCACUUCACCGUGGUUCUUAAGGGAGGAAAGAAAACCGACAACUGAAAAGUUCUAACAGAAGAAUAUGGUGGAAAAAUUAGUAGGUAUCCCUUGGAAUUAGUCGAGGUGUGCACAAGGUAACCUAGACACUAUGAUUAUACAAAAUUGGUGGAAAAUGAUUUUGUAUUGGUAGGUUGCAUGCUGGCAUGCCUUUCAGUCUGUUUUAUUUUUAUCUUUAGUUCCUUUGUGUUUUAUAGCCCGGAAAUUAAGAACUUGCAAUUUCUUACUAAUUCUCUUUGCCAUGAGAUAGACGUGUCCCUUUGUUUCUGAUUAGAAGCAUAACUUACCAGGGGAUGGAGUGUCUGAGGGAAACUGGGAAAACUGAUGUCUUAUGCUUUUGUUUUGGACCAAGAAACAUGGCUUUAAAAUGUCUCUUUACUAUGGUAAAACUUUGUUUGUUAAGUCGACUAUUAUAUUCUGAUCCAUGCAAAGAAGCUUAUUCGGAUGUGGGUGAGGUAUGAGAUAGCCUCAUUCAACAGGAAGCUUUGUGCUUUUCUUAGCUCUGGUAAGAUCUUUUCAUUUAUUGAGAUAACUUGGCUUUCUUCGGCUUUGUCUGCCCCUUUGCUUCAAUUCACCUUAUGCUAGUCCCCAUGAUUUUGUUCUGAUUGAAGUAUCCAUGGAUAUUGAUAAGAAUCAGGUUACUUGAAUAAAAUCAAGAAAAUAAUGUGGAAGCUACUUGCUUUGGCCUUCUGUGGGCCCCUCAUUUUGGGCUCCAUGGGCCCCAAUCUUCUUUUCUAUUCAUUUUGUCCCAAAUUAUAUGACACUUUUUUUUAGUCAAUUCCAAAAAAAAUAACACAUUUAUAUAUUUAGUAACAAUUUAACUUUAAAUGCUCAUUUUAUUCUUAUUGAGAUGAUUUAUAGCCAUCUAAGCAUCUAUGACUUAUUUAAGACAACAAUAUUCAGAAGUCUUUCUUUAAUUUCGUGUCCGGUCAAGUACAUCAUAUAAAUUGGGACGGAGGGAGUAUUAGAUUUGGACUUGGACCAUGAAAUACGUGUACUUGUGUCGCACUUAGCCCUCUCUCGCUAUAAUUCUUGGGCCCAUUCUUGGACUUGACUUCCACAAUAAGCACCUUCUUAAUUUCCCAUUGAAGUCCGCCAACCUCACAUGAAGGAACGCCACCUUGGAUGCUAUCAGAUGCAUAUUGAAUAACUAAACUAUGUAAUGAUUGAACUAUUUAUGACAUAUGAAUGUGGGGAGAUUGCAUAUGGAUUUUAGAAACCAAUUCAUUCAGUUAGCACAUUGGUUUAGUUCAGCGUGUCAACUCUUCAUACAUGUACAUAUUCAGUAAAGUAUACAUAUGACCAUGAUUUGGUUGCAAUGAUGCAGUCUUAAGACACAAUAUAGCCACAGUUGGUGGCAAUGAUAUGAUUUUAAAUCACUGUAAUUUCCAUGAAAAAUGAAGAUUAAUUCGAAAUGCUCGAAGCUUGUUUGGGCUUGUGUUAGUGUAGAGAAAUUCCCUCUAUUGCAUGUUUGAACAAAGCACUGUGUCUCAGAACCAAGUAAUUGAUAUCAUAUUAGUAUAAACUUUUUCUUCUUAGCCAAAGUAUGCUACCUUUUCCUCCAAUUUUGGCAGUUUUUCGUGGUCUUGCUUGGGAGGUGCUGACAAAAGGAUUGAUCUGUCUUGCACCAAUCAAAAAAAGAAAAAAAGGAAAAUAGGUUUGAUAUGUCUCGUAUGAGAAUGACACUCUUGGAAUGAAGUACACUUGCUCUUCUGCCUCUCUUUCUGUGAUAGCAAAGCAUUGCAAGAAGAGGGCAGAAUGUCUUUUUAUUCGAUCUCCCAAGGAGUAAGUUUUGUUUUACAUUUACUUAUUUGUUGCAACAUUUUAGCUCCUGAGCAAGUUGAGAGAAUUCUCAGAUAUAUUAAAUGAUGCUGCGCAAAAGGAACCACUUCGAAUCAUCAAGGAACCAGCUUCAUAUCAUGAUCUCACUUGUAUAAUCGCAAUCGUGAUUGCUAUUCUCUUGUUCAUUUUUGGGUAUAUGGUAGUGGACAACAAAAUGUUUAGUUUGAACUUGGAAGUAUUACCAGCAUUAAUACAUGUUCUUUUAUUCUUUUGCCUAUUUCCAAA